AUGGCGGUGCCCGUUAGAUUCUGGAUAGCCUGCAUGGUAUUUUUCACAACUUUCACUUGCUAUACGACAAGAGUGAAUCUUUCAGUCAGCAUAGUAUCCAUGACCAAAGGAAAAACCAAAGGUGUCCCGUACUGCAAAAAAUCUACAGAUAACGUCAGCGACAGCAGUAAUGGAACGGAGCAACCUCACGUUUUACCUGAUUAUGGUCCUCGCUACGAAUGGGAUGAAAGAAUUCAAGGAAGUCUGUUAGGAGCUUAUUUCUAUGGCUACAUAUUCACUAAUCUCGCUGCUGGAUUGAUUGCCGAAUAUUUUGGUCCAUUCAAAGUAAUUCUGUUAGUACAUAUAGUAGCAACAGUAAUUAAUACAUUGUGCGUACUAGCAGUUAAGAUACAUUGGAGUGCGCUAUUCUUAUGCAGAUUAUUAUUGGGUAUGGGAGGGGCACUAGUGUAUCCAGCUUUGCAGGUACUGAUUGCUUUUUGGGCACCACCUCAGGAAAAAGGAAAAUUCAUAAGUGCCUUAAUGGGAAAUGUGUUAGGAACUUGUAUAACUUGGCCAAUUGUAGGGGUUGUUACAACGUAUUUGGGAUGGGAUUGGGGAUUCUACGUUGUCAGCAUUGAAAAUUUGAUGUUUUGCAUUGUUUUCUACCUUCUGGUAACUGAUACGCCCGAAACUCACAGAUGGAUAAAACCGGAAGAAGCAAAUUUUAUCAAAGAAUCGCAAGCAGGAACAGUUACCAGGAAAAAGGUAAUAGCCCCCUACAAAGAGUUAUUCAAAAAUUUACCAUACUGGAUGUUGAUGUUAUGUCAUGUUGCCAAUGAAUGGGGUCUUUAUUUGCAAUUGACUCUAGUUCCGAAAUUUAUAUCUGACGUAAUUGGUUUCGAUUUGAGUCAAGCUGGAGGAUUAUCCGCACUACCUCCAUUGAUGAGGAUGACGUUUGGUUUGAUAUUGGGUGCAAUCGCUGACGAAAUUUUGAAACGUGAAAUAUUCAGUAAAAAAGUGGUUAGGAAAUCUUAUACCGUUCUAUCACAUAUUUUACCCGGUUUGAUGUUGAUCGCUAUAAGUUUCGUUGGAUGUAGUUGGAUACCGGUAAUAGUAUUAUUAACAUUCAGCUUAGGUUUUAAUGGUGCAUGCGUACAAAACAUUCUAAUUAACGCUCAAGAUCUCGCUCCGAAUUUCUCUGGUACUAUUUACGCCAUCAAUAGCUUUUUUGCCGGCAUGACUGGAUUCAUAGUACCUGCCUUAAACGGAGAAUUCACCAAGGACCACAAUGGUAUAGUCGAAUGGGGAUACACUUUCAUACUAGGCGGAGUUGUUUAUUGCUUAGGAGGUAUAAUAUGGAUUUUGCUUGGAUCUGUGGAAGAACAAAGCUUCAAUAGGUUUGGUGAUCCCGCACCGUAA